AUGGAAUCCUGCAACCACAUUCUCCUAGACUGCCCCUUUGCUAGAGCUACUUGGUUCGGCAGCGAUUUGACUUUCAUCGUCCCAAGCAAUGCCCCUCCUCGGCCCGAGAACUUAUUGCAAGCGUGGGAUCGGUUUGGUUUUCCCUCUAAGAAGAGCAGUGCUGAAGUGUUAAGUCUCUUCUCCGUUGUGUGCUGGUCCCUUUGGCUAGCGAGGAACGAGUUGAUUUUGAACCACAAGGAGCUCUCACCGGUUGAAGUCUUCUCCAAGGCCCAACAAGCCUUUAACGAUUUCAUGGACAUUGAGAAUGGCAAGGUCUUAAAUACUGGUCCAGCGCUCGGCUAUGUGGAGACAUCCCCUACUCCGAAAUGGAAAUCUCCUUCAGCUGGCACUUUGAAACUGAAUUGCGAUGCGGCUCUCCCAAGAGAUUCUAUUAUGGGUGGGGUGGGAUUCAUCAUACGAAAUCACUUGGGUAUUCCAUCUAUGGCAGUCUCAGAACCCCUUGUGUUUGAUGAAGCUCUUAUUGGUGAGGCUUUAGCGAUUCUCAAAGGUGUUAGUGCAGCUGCAGAUGCGGGGCAUCAUCAAGUGGAGGUUGAGUCUGAUAAUUUUGAGAUGGUGACUUUCCUGAAUGGUGUUAACUCCCAUCCUCCGUUAUCAGUGGCUAGUAUCGUGGAGGAUAUUGCACAUAUAGCCUCAAGUAUCCCCUAUUAUACUUUUGUUCAUGUUUCUAGAGGUGCUAACUUUGCUGCACAUUCUCUAACUAGGAUGGCCUUGUCUUUGGCAAGUAUGACGGUUUGGCCAACUUCCUCUCCUUGGCUUCUUGAUAUUUGUAAUCAGGAUGUCUUGAGCUCCUCUUGCCCACUUCAAUAA